AUGCGGCCCAUCGAUGUUACUCCCGCUAUUGCUAAGAAGCUGUUGGACACGGUGUAUAGCCACGUUAAGAUUGCGGGUCCUGCAAAAUUCAAAGUAGGCGAUUCGGUACGCGUUAGCAAGUACAAGACAGUCUUUGAGAAAGGAUAUACGCCCAAUUGGACAACCGAGGUGUUUAAAAUUGCCAAAGUACAAAUAACUAAUCCUGUGACUUAUCUACUAAAAGAUUACAAGGGAAAACCUGUUGCCGGAGGAUUCUACGAGUACGAGUUGCAUCGUGCUACUCAUCCUGACGUGUAUCUCGUUGAAAAAGUAUUGCGCAAAAGGGGGGAUAAGGUUUAUGUGAAAUGGCUUGGAUUUGACAAUUCACACAAUUCAUGGAUACACAAGGAUAGUGUGUUAGCGACUUUUGUCUCGGAUACAGUAUAUACUUUGUGCAAUUUCGAUCUUAUACACGAUUGA